AUGUCGCCCCCGGGGCUCGGACUCUUGUGGAGCUGGCUGAGUCGCGGAAUGAGUCGAACUGGCCCCGAACUUCAGCCUCCAGGGAAGAGGUGGCUGGUGGCUGGCCUGGGCAACUACAGGUUGCAGGGCACACGGCACAGUGUAGGCAUGGCUGUGCUGAACCAGCUGGCCCAGCACCUGAAUGUAGCUGACCAAUGGAGGAAGCAGCAGCAAUGCCAUGCAGAUGUGGCCAUCGCCUGCCUUGGAGAGGCUGAACUGGUGCUUCUCAAACCUCGACAGUUCAUGAAUGUCAAUGGGCUCAGUGUGGCCCAGGCUGCCAAGAUGUAUCAGCUGGCAGCCGAAGACAUCUACUUGGUUCAUGAUGAGUUGGACAAGCCACUGGGAAAACUAGCCAUGAAGCUAGGGGGCAGUGCAAGUGGUCACAACGGGGUGCGAUCCUGUAUCAGCUGUCUCAACUCAAAUGUCAUGCCCCGGCUCCGAGUAGGCAUUGGCCGACCUACUCACCCGGGGGCUGUGGAACGAUACGUGUUGGACAGAUUCACAGCAGCUGAGCAAGAACGACUGCCUCAGCUGCUGGAGCAGGCCACAGAACUGCUACUCAGCCACAUCCAGCAACGGAGCCUGGCAGGGGCGACGUGUUCAAGCCACCCCUCCUGACAUGACAGGAAUAGGCCUCCCACCGUGGGCCAGGGCACAACUCAUAGAUGGCUGUUCCCCCACAAUGGAGAGAGGCAGCCUCUUUUUGCCUUACUGAAGAAGCACAAAGGUCAGAGCCUUGGCAUACCAACCCCACUCAGGAAAGCCUUGAUCCAGGCUUGGGGCAAAGACAUUGAGGAAGAUGGUUCUGGGUUCACACCACCCACAUUGUGCCCUCCCUGCCCAACAUUAGACCUGCUCAUACCUGUGUAAUCAAUUUUUGAUGGGACAUUUAAUUACUCUUCUGUCCCUGCCGGGGGGAAUAAAGAUUUGUCUUCCAAGGAUGAAGCUUGCACUUCCUCCUCAGCUUCCUCUGCCUCUUCUGCUUCCUCUGCCUCUUCUGCUUCCUCU